AUGGAGAAUCCAAGGGCUGUUUCUCCUCCCAUUCCUCAUAUUUCGACUUCAAGUUCCGGAGCAUCCACAAACAAUAGCAACAACGCACCUGCCACCUCAAUUCUUCCAAACGCGCCAUUUCCGCAGCCAGCUCCUCGUCCACCUUCACUUCCGUCGACUCCAACGACUGCAGAUCUCGCGAGUGGAAUUAAUCCGCAUUCUUCGUACGAGAAUUUUACAGAGUUAGUGCAUAAACGCAUACUCACUUUUCAGUACUUGAAGCGUGCACAUGAAGGGCGAAUACACUGGUUUAAUACUGUGUGUUUGUCGAAAGAAGAUUUUGUUGCGUUGGAUAAAGACGAUAGAAAACGACGUACUGGCGGUUUUUUUAUCCUUGGCGCAUCAUUGGCACCAAUAUUGGAUAACACCAAUCCGAAUGAUUAUGUGCGUGCGUUAAUGGUGAUGUUACAAGAAUUUGAGUAUCAUACGAACGAAAAUCCGAGACAAAAGAUGAAAAUGUUUUUCAGAAAAUCAAAAAUUAAUAAAGAUGAAGACGCGUCAUUUCAAGAAAGUGGCGAGUACACAUAUCUGUUUGUGCCUAAUAUCCCUUUUGAAUUAGAUUAUUUUCAAACAUUUUACACGUUAUGUGAUAUUCUGGUAGAAAUUUAUCAUAAAUUCUUGAUUGACACAGCGAACUUGUGGUCUGGGUCGUUUGUCGAGAGUGUAACGAAAGUUGAUGGGAGAUUCAAGAAAAUAAUUUCAUCGGUCACAAAGGACAUCGAUCAGCUAGCAAGAAACGCAAUAAAAGAGGAACUACGAUCUAUUGACUCUAUGAUAAUGAUGUCUUCCGGAAAUAAUAGCAGUAACAACAAAAAAGAUAAGGAAAAGGAGAAAGACAUGAACGUGUCAAUAAAUAGUGAUUCGUGGGAUGGAUUUGUCGCCGGUCCAGCUGCCGAAUAUAUUUUGCGACGUCCAGAAAACCACUUGACAAUUGGAACAGCUGUUCGUCAUAUUGAACAUGCUCGCGCACUUGCAAGACCUUUUGGGUCGCGCGCUACAGCAAUUACUUUGGAUGUGACAAAUGAAGAGGCUUUGGAUAAUCAAAUAUCCAAGUAUGACCUUGUGAUCAGCUUGAUUCCUUACACUCUCCAUCCUUUGGUGAUCAAGUCGGCUCUCAAGUUCAAGAAAAAUGUUGUCACGACUAGCUAUGUUUCUGAUGCCAUCAAGGCUUUUGACAAGGCAGCAAAAGAAGCUGGUGUCACUAUUAUGAACGAAAUCGGUCUCGAUCCUGGAAUCGAUCAUCUUUAUGCUAUAAAAACCAUUAAUGAGGUCCAUCAAAAGGGUGGCAAGAUUUUAUCAUUUAUCUCAUACUGUGGUGGUCUUCCUGCCCCAGAAAACUCUAAUAAUCCGCUAGGUUACAAGUUCAGUUGGUCAUCACGCGGAGUCUUACUCGCAUUAAGAAAUUCAGCGAAAUACUACGAAAAUGGCAAGAUUGUGGAAAUCGAUGGACCUGAUCUUAUGGACUCUGCAAAACCGUAUCAUAUUUACCCGGGCUUCGCUUUUGUAGCAUAUGCAAACCGUGAUUCUACUUCCUUCAAGGAACGGUAUAAUAUUCCUGAAGCGAAAACGGUCUUACGUGGUACGCUAAGAUAUCAGGGAUUCCCAUCUUUUAUUAAAGUAUUGGUUGAUAUCGGGUUUUUGGAUGAUACACAGCAAGAUUAUUUGCAACCAGAUGCUCAGGAUAUUUCAUGGAAUCAAGUUUUAGCACGUCUAUUAAGUAGUUCGAGCAUUCAAGAAAACGAUCUUCGUGCAGAAAUUCGUUCCAAAAGAUUUGGAAAUGUAGAGCAUGAUGAUCUUGAGAUAAUUUUAAAUGGCUUUAAAUGGCUCGGACUAUUCUCUUCUGAUUUAGUUGAUCGUCGAGGAACACUACUUGACACAUUAUGCGCGACGCUUGAAGAGAAAAUGAAAUACGGAGAAGGUGAGCGUGAUAUGGUGAUACUGCAGCAUAAAUUUGGGAUUGAACUUAAAGAUGGAACACAGGAAACGCAAACCUCUACAUUAUUAGCCUACGGGAACCCGGCAAUUUACUCUGCUAUGGCAACCACUGUUGGUAUACCAUGUGGUAUUGCUGCACAACUGGUUCUCGAUGGUGUGAUCAGUAAAAAAGGAGUUUUGGCGCCCUAUAGUCCGGAGAUUAAUGAUCCUAUCAUCAAGGAAUUAGAAAAAGAAGGAAUCAAAGUACUCGAAGAGAAAUGGUGA